AAAAAAACCCAGUUCUCUCUCAUGUUGUUACUUAGAGACACAGUUUGUGAGUUUUGAGACAGAUCUUAUGGCCAAGCAAAAUGCUUUAUAUAAGAAACAAAUAAAUACCCAAACCCCAGACUAGCCCUUCUUGUGUUUUUUUCUGUCUUUUCUCUUUCAUUGCAUGAGGCAGGGGCCAUGAUUGUGUGAACCAGACAAAGCUUUCCUUACUGUCCAAACCUAUCUUCUUCAGCUACCUUGUUCUUUUUCUUUUACACUUUACAUUUUUCUUGCCAUUUUUUUAUUAGACCCGUGAAGGUUAAAAAAAAAAAAAACAAAGGGUAAUGCUUGGUUGGUGGUCUAGUGAAAUGAGUGAUCUUUAUUUUCCCCGGAAAGUGAGGGAAAGUGUGAGAAACUAAGUAUAGGAAAAAUACCCAGCAGAUUUUGACUUUCACUCUUUUUCAUAUUUUCCCCUUCUCUGUUCUUUUAACAUUUUAAGAGGAAAUGAGGAAGCAUGGAUGGCAGCUUCCUUAUCAUCCUCUCCAGGUGGUGGCUGUUGCUGUGUUCUUGGCACUUGGAUUUGCCUUCUAUGUGUUCUUUGCUCCUUUUGUUGGGAAGAAGAUGUUUCAAUACAUUGUGAUGGGAAUCUAUACUCCUCUUAUUACAUGUUGCUUUGGCCUAUAUAUUUGGUGUGCGGCAGCUGAUCCUGCAGAUCCAGGAGUUUUUAAGUCAAAAAAGUACCUCAAAAUUCCUGAAAAUGGAAAGCAUUCUGGACCAAAGGAUUCUAAAUUAGGUGGGGAUUCAACUACAUCAUUGCAUGACGACAAUGCUACUUCAGUUGGAGGAAAAUUUCUGGAAAAGGAUGCAGCAGCUACACAUGAAACCUUGAAAAACAUGAGUCUUAGAACUGAUAGAAACAAUGCUUCAUCGAAGCAAUCGUCUUGUUUCCUAUGGAUUUUUUUCCCUUGUGCUUUUAUCUGCAAGUGCUGUAGCUCAAACGAAGAAUCUUCUGAACAACAAAUGAGUGAAGAUGGCAUGUUCUAUUGCAGUUUGUGUGAAGUUGAGGUUUUCAAAUACAGCAAGCACUGCAGAGUCUGCGACAAAUGUGUUGACCGUUUCGAUCAUCACUGCAGGUGGCUCAACAAUUGCAUCGGCCAAAGGAACUACCGACAAUUUUUUGCUCUCAUGGUUUCGGCUCUUCUAUUGCUUAUUCUACAAUGGUCAACCGGAAUCCUUGUACUUAUCUGCUGUUUCAUCGAUCGGAAGCAGUUUUCUACUGAUAUUGCAACGAAGUUAGGAAGCAGUUUCUCUUUGGUUCCAUUUGUUAUUGUGGUUGCAUUGUGCACCAUUUUGGCUAUGGUUGCUACGCUACCUAUUGCACAGCUUUUAUUCUUUCACAUUCUACUCAUGAAAAAGGGAAUCAGCACAUAUGAUUAUAUAAUAGCUUUACGGGAGCAGGAGCAAGAGCAACAAGGUAUUGGUGGUCACCAGAGUCCGCAAAUGUCCCCAGCUAGCUCACUUACUGGAUUAAGUAGUGCUAGUUCCUUUUCUACUUUUCAUAGGGGUGCAUGGUGUACACCACCACGGCUGUUCCUCGAAGAUCAGUUCGAUGUUGUUCCUCCCGAUACUGGAUCUGUGAGUUCAUAUGGGAAAAAAAUGGUAGGAGAGGAACCUAUCAAGAAGAAGAAUCCGGGAGCAGUUAAGAUCAGUCCGUGGACAUUGGCACGGUUAAAUGCAGAAGAUGUUUCAAAAGCUGCAGCUGAAGCAAGGAAAAAGUCCAAAAUCCUGCAGCCUGUUGUGAGACGGGAAACCUCUUCCGGGCUAGAAGCAGAAAGUAGCUUUGGAAGCAGUGGCCGACAAGUGUUCUCAAGAGCUGAUAGCAGAAGACGAGCAUCUAAGCGAGUGCGUCUCCCAGCUGACCUACCCAUGGAUCCCUUAAUGACCAUUUCUGCUAAAGACACAUCAAGUAGUUUGGCACCUCUUCAACUGGAAGCACGAAGCGCUUUCCAAACCAGUCGAGCAAUGUCAAGCUAUGCUGGGAUUGCUGCCUCUUCUCCUGAGAGCAGUUUAGACUCGCCAGAUAUUCAUCCAUUUCGGGUCUCCUCAUCGGGAGCUGAAGAAUCAAGAAGGCUAACAGGUUUAUCUUCUGUCAAUAUGGCUGUUCCAAAGGGAUUUCCUUUAUCAAGGUCUACUAGUGACGGGUAUGAAGCAUCAGGUGGGGAAGACAGUGAUCGAGUUCCUUCGAGAAUUAUCGAGACAUCAACAAACUGGAGCAACGUUCUUUUCGAUUCCGAACAGGAUGAUAGUAUCGUUAAACUAAAAGCACCAUCUUCAUCCAGCCAGGCUAACAUUAGAAUGCUGUGACUGAUCAUGAUCGAUGAAGUUAGUCGAUUCUGGUUCCGAAGCUCAUUCUUUAAUUUAUGGGACUAAGAAUUUCAAGUACCAGAGUGAUAAUCCUAAUUCAAUUGAUUUGGGACUUUGAAUAUGUGAAGAGAUGACAAUGGCUGUAAAGGCAACUCUGAUUUCCGUCGAGGCAAGACUAGCUACCGGUGUUUCAUCGGUUCUUGCAUUUAGGAUGACAAGGAAGAAGAAAAGGUAUUUAAUAUGUACUUUCUGUAAUACUCCAUUGUACUAACUGUUGAACAUUCCUAAACUUUUGGGGAAAAAAUGUGCAAAUUUUAUAGAUAAUCCAGGUUACAUCCAUUCUUAAUGUUUCAUAA